UUUGCAUCAUUUUUAUUUCGUCUUGGUAAACAUCAAGUGCAAUACCUUAAUAUACUGGUGGACUGUCUAUUAUUAUUGAAGUUUACUGAGUGUAAUUUAAAUUGAAUUAUGGCUUAUCUUGGUGUUAAUUGUUAUGAGCGUUUACUAAUCAGGAAUUUAUUACCACUCAAUCAGAGACGCUGUCAGAUUUUAAACAAUUUACUCUCACAUUAUCAUACACUUCAUUCAAAAUCACCUUCACAAUUAAGCAGGCUAAUUGCCCAAUUGAGGUCAUAUUGUAAUAAAACACCAGAAGGGUUUGAGAAGUAUUUCGGUAAAUCAAGUAAAAAGAAGUCAUCUGAUGGCAAAACCAAAGAAGCUGCUGAAGAAGCUCAAACAGCAAAGCGAACUGAACCUAAAGAAUCUAUAUUCGAACCUGCAUCUCGUUCAAAAUCAUCAACACCAAACAAUAAGUACAAUUGGAAAUGGGAGUACAAUUUUGGAAGUGGUGGAGGAAAUAAAGGAACAGGGUCGAACAAAGCUUUACCUUUUGUUGCUUACGGUGCAGCAGCUGUUCUUGGUCUGUUAGUUUUGAAUGAAUUCAGAUACAAAGAAAUUUCAUGGAAAGAUUUUGUUAAUAACCAUUUGGCUAGAGGAACAGUCGAAAAAUUAGAAGUGGUAAACAAAAAAUGGGUCCGUGUCAAGUUUUUCUCGGAUGCAUCCGCUGUAGAUUCAACGAGUGUUCUCUGGUUCAGCAUUGGUAGCGUUGAUGCAUUUGAAAGAAACUUAGAGAAUAUUCAAGCAGAGAUGAGUAUCGAACCCUCAAACUAUGUUCCAGUUGUAUAUAAAAAUGAAAUGGAAGUACGAGAUUUUCUAGGAUUUUUACCUACAUUAGUGAUACUUGGAAGCAUGUAUUACUUUUUUUCCAAAUCUCGUAAUAUGAUGGGAGGAAGAAUGGGCCGUGGAGGUAUCUUCGGAAUGGGUGAAUCUACGGCAAAACUCAUUAACCCAACCGAUAUCGGAGUCAAAUUCAGAGAUGUUGCUGGCUGUGAAGAAGCUAAGAUAGAAAUUAUGGAGUUUGUAAAUUUCCUCCGAAAUCCUCAACAAUAUACCGAGUUGGGAGCCAAAAUACCUAAAGGUGCACUGUUAACGGGACCUCCUGGUACUGGUAAAACGUUGUUAGCGAAAGCAACAGCCGGUGAAGCAAAUGUACCUUUCAUUUCAGUCAACGGUUCUGAAUUUUUGGAAAUGUUUGUCGGAGUUGGUCCUUCUCGUGUCAGAGAUAUGUUUGUUAUGGCUCGUAAAAAUGCUCCAUGUAUAUUAUUCAUAGACGAGAUCGAUGCUGUCGGAAGAAAGCGUGGAGGUAGAAAUGUUGGUGGACACAGUGAACAGGAAAAUACACUAAAUCAGUUGUUAGUAGAGAUGGAUGGUUUCAAUACAACAACUAACGUAGUCGUUUUAGCUGCAACCAAUCGUAGUGAUAUCUUAGAUAAAGCUUUACUUCGACCAGGAAGGUUUGAUCGUCAAAUUUAUGUUUCAGCGCCAGACAUCAAGGGUAGAGCAUCAAUAUUCAAAGUACAUCUUAAACCAUUGAAAACUGAUUUAGAUAAAAAUGAUGUAGCACGUAAAAUGGCUGCUUUAACGCCAGGUUUUACCGGUGCAGAUAUUGCGAAUGUAUGCAAUGAAGCUGCUCUUAUCGCUGCCAGAGAUCUUAAUCCAUCGAUUGUUUUGAAGCAUUUUGAAGCAGCAAUUGAAAGGGUUGUUGCUGGAAUGGAAAAGAAAACCAAAGUUCUUCAACCAGAAGAAAAGAAAACAGUUGCCUAUCAUGAAGCUGGUCAUGCAGUUGUUGGUUGGUUCCUUGAACAUGCUGAUCCAUUACUUAAAGUCUCUAUUAUACCUCGUGGUAAAGGUUUAGGAUAUGCCAUGAACCUCCCUCGAGAACAGUACCUUUACACAACAGAACAGCUUUUUGACCGAAUGUGCAUGACUUUAGGUGGACGAGCUGCUGAGCAAAUAUUUUUCGGUAAAAUAACUACAGGAGCUCAAGAUGAUCUUCAAAAAGUUACACAAAACGCAUACGCUCAGAUUGUUCAAUUUGGUAUGAAUACUAAAGUGGGAAAUCUGUCUUUUGAAAUGCCUCAACCCGGUGAAAUUGUGGUGGACAAACCCUACAGUGAAGCAACCGCUCAGAUUAUCGAUAGCGAAGCAAGAUCUCUCGUCCAAAAAGCAUAUGAUAGGACAGUUAAAAUUUUAACCGAAAAGAAGGCAGAGGUUGAAAAGGUUGCCCUGAGGUUAUUAGAGAGAGAAGUUCUGAAUCGAGAUGAUAUGAUCGAAAUCUUAGGUAAACGUCCAUUCAAAGAGAAGAGCACUUAUGAAGAGUUUGUGGAGGGAACAGGUUCAUUUGAAGAAGAUACAACUUUACCUGAAGGAUUAAAGAUGUAAUUUGAUUAUAUUAAAAGUAGUUUUUCAAUCA